AUGCCAGAUGAGGCAUUGAAAGCAGUGGAGUCCUAUCGCACCAUAGCUGGAAAAUAUCUUACAGAACUUUGGAGGAAGUUGCGGUGCAGAACGCAACUGGCAGAAGAUGUUCCACCAUCAAUCUUUAACUUUUUCCGAGGAAGAGGAGAACACUGUUCUCACAUCUCAGAAGAUAGACUAUGGCACUCCGUAACGCCUAACAAAAUAAACUUCAUCCACCACACAUUAACAAUAACAACAUUCAGACGGUAUUCGCUCCGUCUGGAUAGUGCUUGCUGUUCUGGAUACGAUGCCCUCAGCAAAACGGAGAAGGACAUCAACUUCCAACCACAUCUUAUCCUAUUUCAAUCCUCACGUUGCUCCCUUGGGAGUGGCACUAGCCAUUUUUAA